AUGGCAGCAAGUACUGGUGAUGAUGUAAAGCUACUUGCAACACGGGUAAGCCCCUUUGUGAAUCGGGUUCAACUGGCUUUCAAUCUCAAGUCAGUAAACUACGAAUUCCUCAUGGAGAAUUUGGCUGAUAAAAGUGAGCUCCUUUUGAUAUCGAACCCUGUUCACGAGAAAGUCCCUGUUCUCAUCCAUGAUCAUAAACCCAUCUGUGAUUCACUUGCAAUUCUGGAAUACAUAGAUGAAUCCUUCCCUUAUGGUCACUCAAUCCUUCCAUCCGAUCCCUAUGAUCGUGCAACCGCUCGCUUUUGGGCUGCUUAUAUUGAUGACAAGGAAACUAAUUCUGUUGUUUCAAUCCUCGAAGCUCAAACUCGUAGUGGAGUUGAAUGGAUUGUUUUGCAGUGGUUUGCAGUGAUAAUGAAAUGGAUUGUUUUGGAGAAGUUAAUAGAAGGUUUGAGGUUUCUUGAGGAAGCUUUGUUGAAGUCCAGUUGUGGAAAGGGAUCUUUUUGGAGGAGACAUCCAGGCUACCUUGACAUUCGUUUUAGGUUGCCAUUUAGGUAGGCUGAAGGUUUUAGAGAUGGAUGCAAAAGUGAAGCUACUGGAUGAAACGAAGAUGUCGUCGCUUGCGGAAGGGUCUCAGAGGAUUCUGUUUCAUGAAUCUGCAAAAGGAACUCUUGCUGUGCCUGAACAACUCUCUUUUUGUUUUUUUUAUAUAUAUAAAGGUUUGGACGAUGUUCAUGUUCCAAAUGUCACAAAAAUAUUUAAAGGGUAUAACCAAGAAAUAUAUUUU